UUGAUGCAAUCCCCGAUUACGUCAUCACAAGAUGGCCGCCACCAUGGAUAUAAGCACGCUGGAUCCUGUUCCUGGCCAGUUUGACGACGCUGACGAACCUUCUGCCGACAGUUGUCCACCUAAAACAAGCUCUGCGACAAUGGAAACGUUUCCAGGACAAAUGGGCGAGCUUUCCGUGACAGACGACGGUCAGCAAAACGAGGAAUGGGAGGAAAGCGAUGAGGAGUAUGCCGACUGGGAUUGGGAAGACCACUCCGGGGAUUUCACAAAAAGGUACAACGCCGCACAACACAACUCUGCACAGAUGAACCCCAACAAGCCCAACCCAGGGAAAGUUUCCUUUCAGCCAACAGACAAGGCCCUGACGAAAUUCGCCAGCAAGAUCACUGUUGAGAAAUACUCCGGUCCCAAACUGCGCGGAGCAGCAGCGAGUGCUCUACUGGAGGGGGUUAGGAAGUCAGACUCUGAUAGGUACAGGGUCAAAGACAGGCAAGACAGAGCGACAGUGGAGCAGGUGCUAGACCCUCGCACCAGAAUGAUCCUGUUCAAGAUGUUGAACAGAGGCAUCAUCCAGCAAAUCAACGGCUGUAUCAGUACUGGGAAGGAGGCAAAUGUUUACCACGCCACCAGCAAGGAUGGAAGUGACAAGGCCAUCAAGGUGUACAAAACGUCCAUUUUGGUCUUCAAGGACAGAGACAGGUACGUCACGGGCGAGUUCCGGUUCCGGCAUGGUUACUGCAAGCACAACCCUCGGAAGAUGGUGAAGACGUGGGCAGAGAAGGAGAUGAGGAAUCUUACGAGGAUGUACCAGGCAGACAUCCCCUGUCCGGAACCUAUCAUCCUCAGAAGCCAUGUGCUAGUCAUGGGGUUCAUAGGGAAGGAUGGGUGGCCCGCUCCACUACUGAAGGACGUUCAGCUGUCCGUGAGUAAGGCACGCGAGUUGUACCUCCAGGUUAUCCAGCUCAUGAGGACCAUGUUCCACGACUGUCGCUUGGUCCACGCCGAUCUCAGCGAGUUCAACAUGCUGUACCUCGACGGACAGGUGUUCAUCAUCGACGUGUCCCAGUCCGUUGAGCACGACCAUCCGCAUGCGCUCGAGUUCCUACGAAAGGACUGCACCAACAUCAACGACUACUUCGUGAAGAACGGUGUCGCUGUGAUGACAGUUAAAGAACUGUUCAACUUCGUGACAGACAUCAACAUUAACAGGGACAACAUAGACGAGUAUGUUGACAAGGCCAUGGAGGUAGCCUCCAGACGGACUAUUCAAGAAGUCAAGGAACAAGACAAGGUUGACGAGGAGGUCUUCAAGAAAGUGUUCAUCCCGCGAACCUUGGAGGAGGUAGCAGACUUCGAGAGGGACAUCAACGCAAAGCAGGGAGGAGAUGAGUUAGAAAUCCACUACCAAGCGCUGACUGGAUUGAAGGAUGACCUGACGGGACCCUUAACAAAACCUUCCCUCCUGGAGGAAGAAGAAGACCAGAAUGAGGAGGACGGAGAGGACUCAGAAAACGGUAGCGGGUCAGAGUCGGAGGGUGAGAAGGAUAAACCAGAGAACACACAGUACACCAGACAGAGGGGAGAGUCUCCAGACAGCAGGAGGGCACGGAAGAAGCUGGUGAAGGAGGAAAAUCGAGAAAAGAGGAAGCAAAAGAUGCCCAAACACAUCAAGAAACGCAAAGAGAAAAUUGCUAAGCAGAAGCACGGAAGGAACUGAAUGUGAUACUUUGUGUAAUUUUAGAUAUAUUUAGCAUGUUGAAACUGAGCUAGGUUAUGGUUUUAUCUACAUACCUGUCUGUUUAAUAGUCUGUUUCAUGUAGGUGUCCAUUGAAGAAAUUCUACAAUCCAUUCUCUUACUGAAUUCAUGAAGUUCACAUGGAGGAAGUAUAUGAUACCUACAAUGUUAAAUUAACAAUUAUGUUUAUAACAAGUUCAAUCACACAUUGAUCUUCAGUUUUUGUAAGAAGGAAACCAGGAGAGGCAAAGGUCAUAUGUAUUACAAUAUACAUAUCUACUACAAAAUUUAAGCUAUUGAAGUGUACAUUGGAAAACAAAAUGGUUAAAACAAUUAAUCUUGAUUAUGAAUACACUUGCAUACUUGGAAAAUAAAGUAUCCUUCCUCAAUAAUGCAGUCU